GAAACCAUCCGCUACAACCGCGGCUGCGAUCAUGAACACGGAGAAGGACUUUUCGCCCCUGACGCCCAACAUCGUCCGGGCUUUGAAUGACAAACUGUACGAGAAGAGGAAAGUCGCAGCUCUAGAAAUUGAGAAACUGGUCCGGGAGUUUGUGGCUCAGAACAACUCCACUCAGAUCAGACAUGUCAUCCAGAUCCUGGCUUCGGAGUUUGCGCUUUCCCAGCACCCCCACAGCCGCAAAGGGGGUCUCAUUGGACUGGCAGCUUGCUCCAUCGCCCUCGGCAAGGACUCUGGUCUGUAUCUGAAGGAGCUUAUUGAGCCAGUGCUCACGUGUUUUAAUGACUCAGACAGUCGUUUGCGCUACUAUGCAUGUGAGGCCCUCUAUAAUAUCGUUAAAGUGGCCAGGGGAGCAGUGCUGCCCCACUUCAACCUGCUCUUUGAUGGUCUCAGCAAGCUUGCAGCAGAUCCAGACCCUAAUGUGAAAAGUGGAUCUGAACUCCUGGACAGACUGCUGAAAGACAUUGUGACAGAAAGUAACAAGUUUGACUUGGUGGCGUUUGUCCCCCUGCUGAGAGAGAGGAUCUACUCCAAUAAUCAAUAUGCUCGGCAGUUCAUAAUUUCCUGGAUCCAUGUUCUGGAGUCUGUGCCAGACAUCAACCUGUUAGACUACCUCCCUGAGAUCCUGGAUGGGCUCUUCCAGAUCCUGGGAGACAACAGCAAGGAGAUCCGUAGGACGUGUGAAGUCGUGCUGGGAGAGUUUCUGAAGGAGAUAAAGAAAACCCCCUCCAGUGUGAAAUUUGCUGAGAUGGCCAACAUCCUUGUCAUCCACUGCCAGGUAGCAGAUGAAACAAAGCUCACAAACGAUUUGAUCCAGCUGACAGCUAUGACCUGGAUGAGAGAGUUUAUCCAGCUUGCAGGCAGAGUGAUGCUCCCCUACUCCUCUGGCAUCCUAACUGCUGUGCUGCCUUGCCUUUCUUAUGAUGACAGAAAGAAGAAUACCAAAGAAGCAGCCAGUGCCUGUAAUCACAGUCUGAUGAAGCUGGUAACUCCUGAGGAUGAUGAGGAUGAGGAUGAAGAUAAAAGUGGAAGUACAGGGUCGCUGUCUAGAGAAGAUGGCCAGCCUAAGACAGAGACAGACAGCAAUGAUAUGCUGAAUGCAUCACAAGAAUCUGUUGGUUUCAGUAACAUCAGCUUCUUCACUCCAGCGAGUGCCGACAGGCCUCAGGUAACCCUGGAUCUGGAUGGUAUUGUUCAGGUAUUGGACCGGCACCUCCGCGACUCCUCCACGGGCAUGAUGACCCGCAUAGCUGUGCUCAAAUGGCUCUACCACCUCUACAUCAAGACACCACGUAAAAUGUUCCGCCACACAGACAGCCUGUUUCCCAUGCUGCUGAAAACACUGUCUGAUGAGUCUGAUGAGGUUAUCCUAAAAGAUCUGGAGGUGUUAGCUGAGAUAGCAUCAUCUCCUGCCGGCCAAACCGACCAGGUUGGCUCCUGCGACAGCACUGACAACAAACUGGAGCUUAAGGUCCCAGAGAGCACCAAGCCAGGACAGCAACCUAGCACAGGCUCCAAAGCAGCAGACUCAUCUCCUUCGACUCCCAGUAUGAACUCCUAUUUUUACAAGUUCAUGAUCAACCUGCUGAAACGCUUCAGCCUGGAGAGGAAGCUCCUGGAGAACAGAGGAGCUUUCAUCAUCCGGCAGCUCUGUCUGUUGCUUCAUGCAGAGAACAUCUUCCACUCUAUGGCUGACAUCUUGCUGAAGGAGGAGGAUCUCAAAUUUGCCUCCACCAUGGUUCAGACACUUAACACCAUCCUGCUCACCUCGGCUGAGCUCUUCCAGUUACGCAACCAGCUGAAAGACCUACGCACUCAGGAGAGCUGUGCUUUGUUUUGCUGUCUGUAUCGUUCUUGGUGCCACAACCCUGUGGCCACUGUGUCACUCUGUUUCCUCACACAGAACUACAAACAUGCCUAUGAUCUCAUCCAGAAGUUUGGAGAUCUGGAGGUGACAGUAGACUUCCUGAUGGAGGUCGACAAGCUGGUACAGCUCAUCGAAAGCCCAAUUUUCACCUACCUUCGCCUGCAGCUUCUAGAUGUGGAGAACAACCCUUACCUGAUAAAAGCACUGUAUGGCCUGCUGAUGCUCCUGCCACAGAGUCAGGCUUUCCAACUGCUCUCCCACCGCUUGCAGUGUGUCCCCAACCCAGAGCUCAUGAGGACUGUGGAUGAAUCCAAGUAUAUGGACUCUAAACAGCAAGUGGUUUCCAAACGUGCCUCCCACACUCAGAUGGAUUAUAAUGAGCUGCUUCAGCAUUUCGAUCUUGUUCAGAGCAAACACCUGGAGGUCCGACACCAACGCUCUGGACGUGCCUCUGAUCACCCCGACAGAAAGCUGAUGUGAAGUCUCUGUGCCAUAGUGACCUCUGGCCCUUGAGGACAGCGAGAGGAGGCCAAAAAAUAUAUAUAUUAAGGACAAAUAAAAUAUAUAGAGUUGUACUGGAAAAUUAUUAAGAUGCUAUUGAAUCAAAAGUAUUAAGUAAGUAUUAAAAACGGUCUUAUCGGAGAAGUACUGGGUAUCCAUUGUCAAAAAACAACAGAUAUGUUUGUACAUUUCUUUGCUAAAAAUGAAGAGAAUACUAUGUAACAUAAGAAACAAAACAUUUCAAACAGAAAACAGAUUUAAUACAUGUCAGACUAUACACUGGCAAAUCAAAGUUACUGCUUUUUGCGAAGAUUUGAAGAAUGUACAUAAAAUCUCACGCAUCAAAAUUGUGGUGGUGAUAAUAUGACCACAUCCGAAGUUUCCAUUAUGCCAUGUCAGCAGCUGAGAUUUGUUCCACAUAAAUGAAUUGUUCACAGUGUUUUUAGUGAAUCUGAUAUGCAUUUUUAGUGGUAAAUACCACACUUCCGUCACGUCAUGUCCAUGUGAAUCACAUUAUUUCCACGGUGUAUCCUGCUGAGCAGCAUGAAUAUUAGAGAAUUUGUUCAGGAUUGCCUUAAUCUCUUGUUAGCCAGAAAAGAAAUCUCACAUGUAGAGGAUUGACCCAGGUCAGCUGAGAUUCAAAAUUUUGGAAGCCAUGAAUGACUGAACUCUGGCAUUAAUUCUGAGUAGACCCGUGUUGUUCCACCUCUUGCCGUUUCUUUGUUCAAACAGCUGAUCAGAAACUUUGCAUUACACACACUCAGCUUUUAAUUCCAUUACUUUCUUACAUGUUCUUCAAUAAUAUAUGUUGCUCUUUGUAGAGUGUUUGUUUGUCUAUUCUUAAAAAGAUUUUACAGUUAUGUCAGUUCUGUGUGAAAAUCAAUAAAGUGGAC